AUGGGAAACUCUGGUUUAAAACAGCAUUACGAGACUGCAAAGAAAACCGGAACAUUAAAAUUGUCACGAAGAAAACUCCAUGAAUUUCCACAAAAUUUAUUAGCUUUGGCACCGUUGCUACGUACAUUGGAUUUAUCGGAAAAUGAAUUUGUUCAUAUUCCCGAUAAUAUUGGUAAUUUUACAUUAUUAAAGCUAUUGAAUGUUAAUCAUAACAAAUUGACAACUUUACCCGAAGCACUUGGAGCAUUGACAAAAUUAGAAUGUUUAAAUGCAAGCUCGAAUCAAAUAAAAACUAUCCCAUGGUCAUUGUCAAAACUAACACGAUUGAAACAAAUCAACUUAUCUGAUAAUCGUAUAACCGAAUUUCCUCCUAUGUUUUGUGACUUAAAAUUUCUGGAUGUGUUAGAUCUAUCGAAGAAUCGAAUUACGACAAUCCCUGAUGCGGCUGGAGCGUUACAUAUAGUUGAACUUAACCUCAAUCAGAAUCAGAUAUCAACUAUAUCUGAGAAAUUGGCGGAAUGUUCGCGCCUAAAAACAUUAAGACUUGAAGAAAAUUGUUUACAACUGAAUGCAAUACCUAGUAAAAUUUUGAAAAAUUCUAAAAUUUCAGUCCUGUCUGUCGAAGGAAAUUUAUUUGAAAUGAAACAAUUUGCUAAUCUUGAUGGUUAUGAUAACUAUAUGGAAAGAUAUACUGCUGUAAAGAAAAAACUCUUUUAAGAGAUAUUUUAAUGAAUAUUUAUUAUUGAAUCUAUUAUAGGUAAUUAUUAUACAUAUAUAAUUAUUUUAUAACAUUGAAAAAGAUGCCGCAUCGUGUUCGCGUAAUUAUACUCGAUACCUGCGAUAAUAUAAUAUAGAAAUAAAAUUUUCAAAUUAAUUGAUAAUAAUGUUUUUAAUAAUGUGAAUGCUUAUACAAAAAAAACACUUUUUUACAAAGCGUUUGUUAAAUAAGCACUAAUAAACUAUAUAGAGAUAUAUAUAUAUAUAUAAAAUCAUUGAUCUGCACUUGAUGCAGUACUCGUACUAGAUUAUAAUUUUUAUUACACGGAUUAUAAAAUGAUAUCCUAAUAUUUCGUAUCACACUGCAAUUCUUAUAAAAAUGUUCUUAUACGCAACAAUUACAAUUCUUAUGCAUCAUUAAGAUGUAUAAAUAAAAUGUAUUAAAUAAUAAAAUAUGUUUUAUAAAAA